AAUGGAUGCUGACCGUCGUCCUCUCCCCUCCAUCUGAUAGGCGCACCCCACAUCUCCUCGAAGACUUCCCCGAGGCUCUCAGAGUCCCUACCCUUCCUCAGGCCCAUGGAGGCUCGAUUACCUAGCCUACCAGCUGGACCCCUCCUUCCCUCUGGCCAUAGCAACUGGGAUGCGACCCACACCUGAGCUGGAUCGAUCUAAUUCUUCAAGACUUGGUAAGUGGCUAUUGGGAGAGUGACGGUCUCGUAUUUCUCAGCUGCGACCUUGAGCUGUAAGGACCACAAAAGCUGCUGCAGUUAAUGUGGCCGCAUAGCAAAUCACCCCAAAACUUAGUGGCAUAAGACAAACAUUGACCAAAGUCCGGCACGGUGGCUCAUGUCUGUAAAUCCCUCCUUCUGGGAGGCCAAGGUGGGUGGAUCACUUCAGCUCAGGACCAGCCUGAGCAAGAGCAAGACCCUGUCUCUACUGAAUAGAAAAACACCUGUAGUCCCACCUACUUGGGUGGCUGAAGCAGGAGGAUGAGUUGAGCCCAGGAGUUUGAGGCUGCUGUGAGCUAUGAUGAGGCCACAGCAUUUAGCCCAGGGUGACCAGGCAAGACACAGCAUGGCUGUGGUUUCUAGGGACUAGCAUCUCCAAAGAGGGUCACCAAGGUGGGGCUGUGUUGCCUUUCAACACCCAGCCUCAGAAGUCCAAUAGAGACACUCUCACCAUGUUCUGUUGGUUGGGACGAUUACGAAGGAUAUUCAACGUCAAGAGGAGGGAACCUAAGUCUGCCUCUUGAUGGAAGUUUGUCAGCAUAAAUUUUAGAGGGGCACGUGGGAUGGGAUACAUGUUGGUGUGGCCAAAUUUAGAAUAUAUAACUUGCCAAGGAACCUCGAGCCACUGUCAUCCUUCCUCAAAUGGAUGAGGCUAUGUACAAAGUGACACCAACACACAGAAGAAAGCAGAGCAGGGAGAAUGACAGACACUGUGUGAGUUCCUGGAUCCAGUUGUACCUGAAGGUGGAUCAUCUGUAGCUUUUUUUUUUUUUUUUUAGUUAAUUUUGUGGUCAGACAAGGUGACUCACACCUGUAAUCUCCAGCUACUCAGGAGGCUAAGGUAGCAGGAUCCCUUGAGCUCAGGAGUUUGAGACCAGUGUGAGCAACAGUGAGACCCCACUGCUACUAAAAAUGGAAAAACUAGCUGGGCGUUGUGGCAAAUGCCUGUAGUACCAGCUACUCUGGAGGCUGAAGCAGGAUCUCUUGAGACCAAGAGUUUGAUGUUGCUGUGAGCUAUUACGUCACUGCACUCUACCCAGGGUGACAGAGUCAGACUCUGUCUCAAAAACUAAAAAUAAAAAAUAAACAAGUUUCCUCUGCUCUUGGCAGCUGGAAUUGGCAGGCCAAGCGCCCCCAAUAUGAAAUUUCCCUCUCCUUUUGGAAGGCAAGAAUUGAUGACAAUCGGGUUUUGGUUUGGUUUGAAGUAGCCAGAACUUCCCCUUCCUGCCAUGAAGGCACCACAGCGUCUAUUUUUUACAGUGACAGGGAGGUGCUGUGAUAAAGGCCUGGAUCAAGAUGCUGCUGGGACCAGGGAGAGAACCUAGGGGCCUGGAACAUUGUCCCAGCUGGGCCUGGCGUUGUGGCUCUUGGAAGGACCAGCCGCCUCAGCUGCCACGAUGACGCAGCGUGCACUGGCGUUUGCACCCCUGGCUCUUGAGCUUCGCUGCAACCCUUGCAGGGAAGUCUUAUCCCUGUUACAAAGAAGGAAACUGAGGCACAGAGAAGCGAGGCCAACUCGCCUGAGAUCCACGGCCAGGAAGUUUGGGCGCCAGACGUGUGGUUUAAUGAGCGCGGAGCCGAUUCUUUCCUGCCCAGCUGGGGAGUUGGGAAGAACCGGGGGCUGGAGAGCCCGGCAUGGCCGCAGCACGCAGAGGACCGACGGGCAGCGAGUGGAAGUGUGGGCGGUGUGCUGGUGGUCACAGAAGUGAGGUCUGGCGUCGCCCCAGGCCCAGCCUUCAGUGGCCUCCCGCUGCUGGUUAGUGGUGGGGAUGCCCUCCGGGCCGUCCUCUGCGUUUGGCGGCGCUGAGCUGGGCAGACAGGAAUGAGUCACCCUGCCCAGUCUGCCCCAGCGCCCCUCCUUCCUUGCCUGGGGGGGCAGGCCGCCCACGUGAGCUGUAAACCAGCGCCAGGAAGAAGGUGGCCAUGUCCAGGGCGCAGAUCCAGCGGGGGUGAGGGGUGUCGCCCGUACUGCGCAGCGGAGUCUGAACGCGGAGCUUUCCAGAAGCGAGGCAUGAAACGGAACUCCGGGAGCGGAGACGCAGCUCUCGUGCGUCCUGGGCACGCAGAUCCCGAGCAGCCCAGCAGCCGGUCCCCGCGCGGCGCGGGCCAGGAGGCCUCUCCCGGUGCCUUCUGCUCCGCCCGGGGACGGGCGCCCGCGUGUGAGUCCCCGGCGUCUCGGGCCCCCGGGGCCGGUGCACUGGGCGCCGCGUUCGCCCACCCAGGGCCUCUCCGACCCUGCCCGGGACUGACCUGAGAACUGUGUCCCUCUUCCUAACACUCUCGGGCUGGAGGGAGGCGGAGCGGAAGACAUAGGCACCCCACAUCUUCCUCCCUAAAGGUCACCACAGGCCGGCUGUGACCUUCCCCCAAGUCUCGGGUCCCUCUGUCCCCACAUCUGGCAAGCGUCAGGGGGGUCCGGUGCCCUGGGUGAUAGCGUUUCCUGCCAGACUCUUUCACGGCGUAACUGAUAACUGAAAAACUGCAAGGGGCUGAAAUGUCCAAAAAUAGCCUUCGAUGAAGUUGAUCAUGACAGCGGCACCAAAGCGUGAUCCUGUGGGGUCUAUAAGAGGUGGGGUCUGAGACGCCAUCGUUUGUUGCUUGUGUUACCGAUUCAUAGCCCCCAUUUUAGGGGAGAAAAGAGAAGAAAUAGUUGGCACGUUUCUUUUGACAUUGAUUCUAAAACACAUCUUUACUUCAGAGACAUUAAAAUGUGAAAAAAUAUGCAAUAUGGCCAAAUGUAAUGAUUUGGAGAAAAAUGUUCUCAAUACAUUUUUGAGCUUUAAAAAAGUAGGUUAAGAAAUAUCAUGCCUGGUAUGCAGAGAAACUUAAUAUGUAC